AUGAACCAAUCCAAGAAAGAUCAAAUUCGCGAGUCCGGAGAUGAUGUCGACAAUGGGGGUUUCCACAAUUUGGUCCUCGACGAAAACCCCAAAGCCCUCUUCCAGACACCUCAAGACUUGUUCAACAGUGAAGAGGGAGAAGUCGACUUCCGAGGCGUCUCAUGGCAAGGAGCUGCUAUUCUAAUCGCCAAAUUUCAAAUCGGCUUAGGUGCCCUCAGUCUUCCAUCCACUUUCCAUGUCUUAGGGUUCUUCCCUGGGGUACUGUGCUUCGUUAUUCUGGCUGUUAUCACAACUGUGGCCGGUUACGUUAGUGGAAACGCCAGGCAGUAUUGUCCCCAUAUGCACAGCAUCGGGGACGCCGCUGAGUUGCUUCUUGGAAAAGCAGCACGAGAAUUCAUUGGUGUCAUCUAUUAUAUAUAUCUUGCUCUUGUCGCCGGAGCAGGUAUGCUUACCACAUCUGUGGCACUGAACGCACUCUCUGACCAUGGAGCUUGCACUAUGGCCUUUGUCGCCGUUGCAUGUGCAUCUGCCUUUAUCUUCAGAACCGGAUUUCGUUCUCUAGAGAAGGUAGCCUGGCUUAGUUGGAUCGGCGUGGCCGGCAUCGUUUUCGCUAUUUGGAUAACCGCAAUCGCCUGCCUCACUAGAGAUAGGCCUGCAGGGGCACCGCCAGGGCCGAUCAAUCUCGACAUUCGUGUCUUGCCUCAGGCAACCUUUACUGAGGCUAUGUUGGCAAUAUCCACCCAGCUCUUUGCAUUGGGUGCGUCAGGAACCUUUUUCUCCGUUGCGGCUGAGAUGAAGGAACCCCGGAAAUUCACUCGGUCUCUCGUUUGCGGCCAGACCUUUAUCGUGAUAACCAACAUUGCCAUUUCAUCCAUCAUGUACGGCAAGAUUGGCCAAUACCUCACGAACCCCGCUCUGGGUUCAGCUGGGGUUUUGAUCAAAAAGAUAUCUUACGGCAUUGCGUUUCCCGGAUUACUGGUGACUGCCGUCCUAUGGAGCCACAUUGCGGCCAAAUAUUGGUUUGUCAGAAUCCUCCGCGGUACACGUCAUCUUCAAUCUAGCACAGUCACCCACUGGUCCGUUUGGGUUGGGUCUAUGGCUGUGACUGUUGUUUUUGGAUUCAUCGUUGUCGGUGUCGUGCCUUUCUUCGACGAUUUUCUGAGUUUGGUCGGCGCACUCAUAAAUCCUGUUUUUACUAAUAUCCUUCCUGGUCUUAUGAUCCUCUUCUACUUGGGAGAAAAGCCUAGUAUAGCAAGCGAUAGAGUUCACAGGGUCGAAACGGCAAAGACCAUCUCAGCAAUGAUCUGGUUACCUAGUGCUUUCAAAGCAUAUCGGAACGGGUGGAAGCAAGCCUUGGCCCUUGUUGGAGGAGUGUUGAUGGUAGUUGUGGGAGCUUUCAUCAUCGUCGGGGGAACUUACUCAUCUGUCUUGAGUAUACAGGCUUCAUAUAAUGAUGUAUCAGUAUCGGGUGUUUUCUCAUGCGGGGAUAACUCCUAG